AAAAGCGGGCGUGAACACUAGGAUAAUAUUGUUUCUUUCUCCCAUGUUGUAUUACGUUGCAUAUUAUCUCUCGUAUUCAGUGGUUUAACCAUCGAGCCCAAUCAGACCUCGCCGUCCGCGAUCGCUCUCUCGACUGCGCCUUUUUUCUGGGCGUCCUUCCUCCCGACGGCUACGUCAUGACAAAUACCGCAGAUUCUUCGCGUGCGAAACAGACGAGUUGUAGCCUUCGUCGGGCGAGGUGUCGCUGGGAACCUUAGCGUCGAUUGAGUUUGUGCAUUAGGUACAACGCCGGGUUGCUUCAAUAUAUCAAUGCAACCAAUAUAGUUACUGCAUUUAUGCAUAAUAUUAGGCGCAGCAUGAAGCAUUGUGUGAGUAACCUAUGAUUAGUACAUCGUUCCUAGUAACGUAGUAUCAUAAAUUACGUUGAGUCAAUUCACGUAAACUAUUCCAAUACGUGUGUGAGCUUCAAUUAGCUGUUAUAUAAUUUACUGCAUUGAAAGUUGCAUUCAUAAGCAAAGGUGCUUAGGUUGAGUUAGCUUCGACUGUCGCGGUGUUGACAGUUGAUUAUAAAAAUCUAAUAUAUUUUUGUAUUUCGAAUUUCAUUUUUGCAGUGCUCUAUGAAUAUUUAUAUGAUCAAAUUUUCGAGAUUUAUAUGCCUGUUUUGCGCAAGCGGUAUCCCGCAAAGGGUCUUCCGCAUAUAAACGAGAAUAAUCAAACCAAAAGUGACAUAACACCACAGGAAAGUGCUGGGCAAUCAACCCGAAGAACCAUGGCUGCAACUCAAGGAAGUUCCAGGCCAUCAAGGCAGCAUUGCUACCUUUGUGAUCUUCCAAGGAUGCCUUGGGCAAUGGUUUUCGAUUUUACUGAGCCGGUUUGCCGUGGCUGUGUGAACUAUGAAGGACCGGACAGGAUCGAGUCUGUUUUAGACAGCGCGCGGCAACAAAAGCACGCUCACCAGGCGUAUCGACGCGGCGGAUCCUCGGCCCACGAUCACUCGGCGUCAUCAGUAAAUGGAUCACACUAUCCGCCAACGCACCAAUCAGGUAGUAGACGUUCGCCUUCACACAAAUCUGGCGUUAAAGUUGAACACAGCAACAAUCACUCUAGUGAUGUACAUCGAUUAGAUCGUUAUCACGUACCCUCUCAUGAAUCUAAAAGCGGGGUGACAUUGUAUGGACAUCAACACAACUCUAACUCAAGCAACUCCCACAAGAGUAUACUGAACGGGAUUUCCCAUUAUCAGCAGGUAAAAGACGAUGAUACUCCUGUUUCCAUUUCAAGCAGACGCGGUUCCUUACCAGUCUCUCUUGCUGGAGCUUCGACUCACGUUCUACCAAACGGUUGCAUCAUCGGCAGUCCCGGGAUCAUGCCCGGUCACCCAGGUAGAUUGUCGCUCAUUCCCGAAUACGUGAACACGUCUGUUGCGGCUAGACAUAAUAGCACCGGUCCGCUUAGUGCAAAGAUCCCAUCAGAGUCACACAGUCGUCACCACAGUGUGUCGCACUACAGCUACGCAUUGCAUGACGAAAAGGCAACGCUCGUGAGGGAGGCAGUUCACACUUUAAACCAAUGCACCCCAUUCGAAGUCCGAUUCAAAAAGGACCACGAUUUGCGUGGAAGAGUGAUCACUUUCGACGCACCCUAUAAGCCAGGUACCGAUUACGAGAUGAAAGUCUACAUCGAAUACCCUGUAGGAUCUGGAAAUGUUUACACCAGCGCAUCGGGUGUUGCGAAGCAAAUGUUUCAGGACACUCGUAAAGAUAUGGGAAAAGGAACCUUGAGUUCAGGAUUCAAGUACAUUGAGUACGAAAUGAAACACGGAUCUGGAGAUUGGCGAUUGCUAGGCGACCUCUUACCGGAUGGCACCCGCUCAUUCAGAGAACCAAUACCUCGUGAUGCACUUCCAACGCCUUUCCAGGAUCCCCUUUAUCCAGAAAUUCCCACAACCGCCACACAUCAACUAACUAGCCCCACAUAUAUGUCGAUAAAAGGAACACCGUAUUUUCCUCGUAAUAAUAAACGAAAAUUAUCUCCUGAUUCUGCUGACAAUGAUGCUCCAAGCAACAAAAUGGUUUACGAUAUGAGUGCCGUUACCUCCAGUAUCGCGAGCAGAAUAUCUCUCACACAGGCCGAUGCCUUAUCGAAACUCAUCCUACCAGGUGCUAUCAGUUACGGUAUGAUGCAACAGCAACAUGCAUUGGCAACAAGUUCAGCUUCGCCUACGUCGUUGAAAAGUUCUGCGGCUAUGCUUGUUCCUGGACGAUCGAUCACUUCGGUUCCACAAAGCAUCCAUUCGGAACCGCGAGGUCACAGCGUAAGCGAUGGCCCUCAAAGUCCAUCAUCAACUCACUCAGCUGCACCAAGCAGUCAAAGCGUGACAUCGCCGACAGAGACGAAACGAGUACCGACCAGUCCGUUGAAUGGUACUCAAGCUCACCGCACAAAUAGCAACGGUAGCAACGCCAGCGGAUCUUCUUUGUCUCAAAACCCAGACUCUUCGACGCAUCACCAUCCACUUCAGCAAGCACCAUCUGUGCCGAGCGUGACCUCACCUACUGGAGUUCACGGACCUACGCCUCCAGUGACACCAAGUGAAGUAAACAACAAUAGCAGUAACAACCGAGUUAGAGUCCGCACAUCAAGUAGUACCAGUAGCAACGAAAGCGGAGCCAAUGCCAAUCCCAAAUCUGCUAGUCCGAAACAAGCAUCCACGGUACCCACAACACCCACGUCCAGUAUGCCAUUACCUGGUACCACAACCAUUGGUGUGACAAUGCCGCCUCUCAAUUGCGCUCUUUGUCACGGACGGCUCGAAGACACACAUUUUGUGCAGUGUCCAUCACAAGGUGCUCACAAGUUUUGCUUUCCCUGCUCUAGAAGCAGUAUUAAGGACCAAACCGCUAGAGGCGGCGAAGUGUAUUGUCCAAGUGGCCUAAAAUGCCCGUUAGUCGGAUCCAACGUACCAUGGGCCUUUAUGAAAGGCGAAAUUUCCACUAUAUUGAAGGGGGAAAUAAAAGUCAAAAAAGAGGUAGAACAGGAAACAUAAACUGAAAUGUUUUCUAAAAUUGCAUCACGGUGCAAAGGACUAUUAACCUCUUGUCCUGCGAAAUGUUGCGUUGAACUGCGCCUCGUGGACGCUUUAAAGAUGUGCAGAGUGGCAUCAUGUACGUGCCAUGAUACCGAAAUUGUGCUAAAAACUAUGUGCUAUCUAUCAAUCAAUUUAUUUGCCAAGGAGCGCCAUUCGAAACUAUCAAACUCAACCAAUUCCUCAGUUUAAACCUGAUUGCAAUGUUCAACGUUUCAUGAUAGAAAUUUACUAUAAAUUUACGUCUAGAACAUGUCUUCGAGAUGAGGGUUUUAAGUAUGGCCUGUUUGAAUAAUAUAGCAGUGUGUUUUUACAAUAACAGUUCUCAUGUCGUUUCAAAAGUUACUCGAAUAGCCAUCAGUCUCCUAUUUCAAUGAUUACGAUCUCGUUCGAAUAUCGAUUUAUACAAAUGAAAGUGAAUCGUUUCAAAUUUAGAUUUUCGACCAAGUUCCAGUUUUUGCUCGUAUAUUUUUUUGUUUAUUUAAAAAUAGAUUUUGAUUUCCCAGAAAUUUUAUUAUUGAAAUGAUAAUAUUUUCAACACUUUUGAAUUUUGUUUCAUCUUCUUUUUUUCGAAAAAUGUCGUUUUAGGAAUGGGUUUUAGCAACCCUUGGGUGCUGAUAUUUGAAUUUAUUGUUGUAUGUACUCGUUGUAUUCUGUUUCAAAAAUAAUUUUCUGAUACAUUUGAAAGAAUUUAGCGCUGUUGAACCGCAAAAAUUUUGUCUAGAAAACAGGAAUUUUUCUUUUCUCAUUACUCGGUUUGUUAUUCGUUCCAAACCCACGUUGACCGUGCGGUUUCGGCAAUGGAAUUAUUCAGUUGUUCUUGUUCUUUUUGUUGUUAUUGUUUUUUUGUCGGUGUGUUAUUCUCUUGUUUCUUUACCCGGCUCACGUUUUCGCUCCUUUUUUUAGUUACUGGAGUUCAAAUAUAAAUACACAGAAAUAUA